AUGCGGCUAUUUUCGCUUUUGUUCAGCGUCUUCCUCGCUUUCCUCGCGGCACCCUCGGUGUCUGCGAUAAAGCUCAUCAAAUCCAAUGCCUUGAAUUUGUGCCAAGAUAGCAACAAUUUCACGGCAACCUACUUCGCCGUCACGUUCACUCCCAACAACCGGUCUUUGGCAUUCAGCUUCGAUGGAGUGGCCUCGAUUUCCGGGAAAAUGACCGCAGAGCUUAUCCUGAAUGCGUACGGAAUCGAGGCUCUCCGAAAGGAAAUCGACCCGUGUGAGCAGAACCUGCAGGGUCUUUGCCCCAUGAACACGGGUCCGAUCGAUGUUAAGAAGGCUACUAUUGACGUUCCGGAAGAUGUCGUGAACAGCAUUCCCGGGAUCGCAUAUACUGUCCCCGACCUUGACGCCUCGGUUCGCAUUUACAUCAACUCCACGGAAACGGGAAGAAGUAUCACAUGCUUGGAGGCCAGUUUAUCUAACGGCAAAACGGUUUAUCAAAAAGGAGUUGGUUGGAGUACGGCAAUCAUAUCCGGCUUGGGUCUGGCUGCAUCGGCCAUUACGUCCGGACUUGGCCACUCGAAUACAGCCGCCCACGUUGCAGCGAACGCCCUGUCUCUGUUUAGUUUCAUGCAAUCCCAGGCCAUAAUCGGUAUGACAUCUGUUCACAUGCCGCCGAUUGUGGAGGCGUGGACGCAGAAUUUCCAAUGGAGUAUGGGCAUCAUCCGCAUUGGUUUCCUUGAAACCAUUUGUACCUGGUACCAACGAUCAACCGGAGGAACGCCAUCCACGAUCCUCUCGCAGCUUUCCACAACCUCCGUUGAAGUCCUCAAAAAGCGAUCUAUCGAUACUUCGGUCGGUCUGGCCAGGAGGGCCUCCGAGCAUCUGUUCAAGCGCGAGGGCGAACAGAGUGGCGCGAAAAGCAAAAGUAUUACCGUCAAGGGCAUCGAGCGUGUCGGAUUCAAGGCCGGAAUCGAGCAGACCAACAUCUUCCUUACCGGUUUGAUCUUUUUCGUCUUUUUCGUCACCGUUGUGAUGAUUCUGGUUGCUCUGUUCAAAGCGGGAUGUGAGGUUUUGGCCAAGCACGGCAAAAUGAAGAGCGACAAGUUCCAGGACUUCCGGAACGGAUGGAAGAUCGUUGCUCGAGGAAUCCUCUUCCGACUGACCUUGAUCGGCUUCCCGCAAAUGUGUAUCCUCUGUCUGUGGGAGUUCACCCGACAGGAUUCGGCCGCCGAGAUUGUCCUUGCCGUGAUCAUGCUGUUGUCGAUCGUUGCGGCCCUGAGCUGGGCUGCUUUCAAGGUCAUUCGCCUAGCGAAGCGAUCGGUUACUAUGCACAAGAACCCGGCCUACAUCCUGUACUCCGACCCCACCUGCUUGAACAAGUGGGGUUUCUUGUACGUGCAGUACCGCGCCACGGCGUACUACUUUGUCGUGCCCGUGCUCGCAUACAUCCUGAUCAAGGGCAUGUUCAUCGGUCUCAGUCAACCGGCUCCCAUCGUCCAAACCAUUGCCUUGGUGAUCAUCGAGGCUGGCAUGUUGAUCGGGGUCAGCGUUAUGCGACCAUGGAUGGAUAAGAAGACCAACAUCUACAACAUUUCCAUUGCCGCCAUCAACUUCCUCAACGUUAUUUUCCUGCUGUUCUUUUCGGAGGUCUUCAACCAGCCCGGAAUUGUGACUGGUGUUAUGGGUGUUGUCUUCUUCGUCAUCAACGCGGUCUUUGCUCUCAUCCUCUUGAUCAUGGUCCUCGUCGCCUCCGUGUACGCCAUCGUAUCCAAGAACCCCGACACCCGCUACCAGCCCAUGCGUGACGACCGUGGCUCUUUCAUCAAGUCGCAAACGCAGCUGACCACCGAGUUGGACGCUCUGGGUGCUACCGCCCGUGGUGACAUGAAGACCACUGCGUACAAGUCGAAUACCUUCGAGGAUGACAACAGCUCCAGUUCGUUCUCCAACGGUAACGGCGCAAGCAUCAGCCGUCAGAACCUCGAGGCCCAUGAUGCAUCGCCGGUGUCUGCGCGUCCCCCCGUGUCUCCUGUUGACCCUUCGCUGCCUCUCUUCCCCAGUGCGAACGAAGGUCCGGGCCGACGACCCACCUUUGAUGCGCGAUCGCCAUCACCAGUUCCCCGAGGACUGAACAACACCUCGCCAUUUAACAACCCGGCUGCAUAUCGGGCACAGAACUCGUCCAGCCCGUGGCAAAGAGGCGCUGGAUACGAGCAUUAG